AUGAGUGUCGUGAAGGCCAAAAGUAACAAAACAAAGCGGAUGAAAUUUUUAGUCUUUGGAAGGUUAUUUGAACCACGCAUCGCUGACACACCCGAAAAUACAAUGCAGACAACAACACCACGGAUCACACACAACGACCCUUCCACACCUCUUUCAACACCAGACGUGUCGCAAAUACCACAAGGAAAUACGUUUCAUGAAAUACCUUAUAUUUUGGAAUACGCAUUCAAAUACAACGAAACGAUUCUCGAAACAUCGCAACAACCGGAUAAACCACUUUCCCUUUUCAAUACCGAGGAAACAGUGAAUUGGCUUAAAACAUUUGCAUCUGAAAGUGUAUGGAAAAGGGUACAAAAGAAGAAACUGUGUGGAAAUGAAUUACUCUCGUGGGCACGCAUUAAACUAGCGAAGUGUUGCGAGUCGAAAGAAGUCGCGAAAAAUAUCAUCAAAAAAAUAAAGGCAUACGACAACACUUCUUCCUUCGGGCUUGUUGCACUUGAGAAGUGGAACUUCACGGAUGAACAAUUAAGAGAUAUGUAUGAGUUGGAGAAAGGAUUUACGGAUCAAACUGUCGUGCAAAUGAAAAAGUAUGAUGUUCACCACGCGAUCAAAGUCACAUUCAUGGCGAUAUCUAUUUACUUUGCACAACGGGACCCUAUCUUUACUGAGGGAGAUAUAAAAAUAAUAAAAGAGAGGAAUGGGGAGGACGCGUUGGAUCGACUGGACUUGACACGAGAGAACAAGUGCUUGGUCAAGCGAAUGUUUUUAUUUUUGAAGAGGAUGCUCCACUCAAACAACUCUGUAUUUCAGUAUUUCAAGACCAAUUUGGAGGAGUUUGUGAUCUCGUGCUUGGCACCAAAUCUUCCUAUUGAGCCAUUCAAAGAGAUAUACAAUUCGAUCACAGAGGAAGAACUGUCGCCUUAUUAUUUUGAAUCGGAAAACAUUUAUGCUGGAGAGGUGGUGCUUCAGACCUAUAUGGAUAUCAUAUCACCAACAUAUUUGAUACCAAUUUUAGAACGAGUUGAAACUAUUGAAGAGUCACGGUGGGAUGUUGGUGUGUUGUAUGUCACGAAUUAUAGAAUACUGUGGAGGAGUACAACAAAAGAAGAUAAAGAGGAAAGAAGCAACUUUGAAAUGUUGUAUCAUGUACCAAUAGCAAUGAUAAUAAACCCAACAAGCGGAAUUAAACACACGUUAUGCAUGAGAGGCGAUGAAGAGUAUUAUUUGGUUCGAAUACUUGCGACAAGCGCACAUACACUUACAUUUGGAUUUAGGUCAGAAGAUAUGGUCAAGUCAUUUCUUGGUUCUAUAGACGAAGUACAGAAGAAAAAUGUACUAAUUGAUAAAUAUGACAUUUUCAUCGAUUACUGUCCACUACAAAGUGUUGCGGAGAGAAUGUUUGAGAGACUUAAAAACAAGGACGGGCUUGUGGUGAACGACUUGAGUGACCCCAAAGGGAUGAAAGAGUGUGGUAUUGUUAUGAAAGACUUUAACAUCAAUUACCACCAAGACGAACUUUUUGAGAAAUCGGAGAAUUUUGAAAAUUUUGAGAAAAUGCUGAAAAUAGAGAAGAACGGGAAAGUUGAGAAGCUCGAAAAAAACGGAUAUGGAGUGAUAUUAGUCGGGGAGAGUGACAAAAAUGGGAGAGUAUAUCGGCUACAAGUCACCGGCGAUUUCAAGUGGUUUGACCGGAAGUAUUUUGAGAGGAAAAAUAUCAACAUAGUUGACUUUGAGUGUUCAACUGAUGAAAUUACAACUGCGAGAAUUGAGAAGUUAUAUGAAGACGUGAGGGGAUAUAAAACAGGGAUGGAAGAAACGCUUUUCACUUUCACUGAAUUAGUGAAUCAAGAAUUAAAAAAGGUGUUUGCAUGCUUUUAUGAUAUCAUUAAGAGAUACACGUAUGGAAGCACUUUUCUAUUUCUAUCGAACACAUAUGACAACGUCUAUGUAUGCUUCGUCAGCUGUUUAUUUCUCGUGUUGACAGACAAAUACUAUCGAAGCUUUGAUGGGUUUAUCGAACUCUUACACGUCCACGUCUUCGCUUCACACGCUUUGAGAACAAUGCUUAACGCAAAGAGGUGUAUUUACCCAUUAUUUCUUUUUCUCCACGGAAUGGAAUGUUUGCUCCAGUCGUACCCAUCAAUGUUCCAAUUCAAAAAUGAACUUUUGUACUUUUUAAUGUACCACACCCUCUCAAAACGAUUUUCAACGAUGUCGACGGAUGAAAACCCAUCACAAUCACUGUACUGCUUUUUACUCCCAAGGAAACGAAUAUUCAUUAACAAAGAUUUCGAAAACUUCGAUUUCAAUUUCAUCGACUAUUUCAAAACAUCACUGGUACUAUUGGAACACAGCUUUUUUGUCCACUUCACUAACUACACAAUAGACAAGAGGCCACUAUUUAAUAAAGCGUUGUACCAAAGACAGGCAGUCGACUUCUCACGACUGAAUUUGAUAAUUUUACCGCGAUACUUCUUUAACUGCCUCGAUAAUGUGCAAACACGACGACUGACUUUAUCGGAAACGUACUUGAAAUUCAUUCCAACACAAAUUGCACUUCUUCCAAACUUGGAAUCCCUCGUUUUCGCUUCAAACGAUUUGCAAUUCAUUCCACAAUGGCAUUUAAAUCACAUGACUGCAUUAACAUAUUUGGACAUCUCCGAAAACAAACAAAUGUCGUCUCGAUAUGAAAUGAUUCGCUUCGACUUGUUGACCAAUUUAAAGAUGUUGAACAUCACAAAUAGACAAGUUAACGUGGAAACUGCAUUUCCGGACUCAAUCAACACGAUCAUCGCAAGAAACAGCUUCCAGGCGAUGCCGAAAAUGAUCUAUUCCCUUCCAAAUUUGGUGUCACUUGAUCUGAGCUCAAACGUUUCUCUUUGUUCGUCGUCGAUAUUUACAGUGACUCGUCUCAACGCACUUACCAUUUCUCAUUGCAACAAAACUGAUAUUCCAAACUCGAUUGGACAGAUGACGAAUCUGACUGAACUCAAUAUUUCCGAAAAUCACAUUUCAAAGCUUCCCUUUUCACUUUAUUCGUUGGUUAAACUUGUCAAACUGGAUAUUUCAAGCAAUGACGUUCGUUUCAUUUCAUCACUCCUCUCUAAAUUGACAAAUUUGACGUGUCUGAUGCUCCAGAAAAACCCAAAUGGCGAGCAAAACCAAACCUGCAUCAACGACUUACUCAAAAAACUCAUUGUACAACACUACCCUUACGAAAUCCAAUUGCACAUUUUGUCGGAUAAAUACGGUACUGACGAAUUCAGACGCAUCUACGACGAGACUAAAAAGCCGAAAUCGGACUCGUACAGACUUGUAGAGCAAGGGGUGAUUGCGGGAGAUGCGCCAAAAGAUCAACUCCUCUUUCGAGUGUCAUACCACGAGUACGAAAGUCGGUUCGGAUUUUUUACGCCGAAUGGUGACUGCUAUCUGUUGGUGUUGUUCAGAGACAACUGGAAUCUCGUUUUGGAACAAUGGAAAUACCAUUUACUCCACACUGCGUUUACAAACAAAAACAACACGGGAGACCUCAAAUUGCAAUUCGUGUUGUUUUGGGACGAUAAGAAAUCGACUGAGGCUGAGGAUCGGGUGAAGGAAAUAAAGAAGCGAAUGGAGCCAUUUUUUUGCUUGGGAACCGUCGCGUACUUGAAAGAAAAAAAGAAAAACGAUUUGCGACAGAAGGUCAGAAAGAUAUUUGAGGCGUACACGCAAUCGGUGUAUGCGGACAGUUUCAUGAAGAUCAUGAUGGAAGUCAAAAUGUCGUCGUUCAACCCACCAGUACUUAAACAAGGACUGUUAUUUAAAAUGCUCCACGACUUUGAAAUCGACGAUUUUAAUACUCUUUUGAACUUGUUGCAUCGGUAUGGAGUUGUCCUGUCAGUCACACAAAGUCUAGAAGGACUCAAAAUGAAUGACCAAAUUCUCCACAAGAAAGGAACGUUUGUACCAAACAGUGAUGCAUCGGCGAAUAUGGUAGUUGCUGACCCGGAUUUUAUUCGAAAGAUAUAUGAAAUGCUGAUGGACUCUUCGAAGGAUGGAUUUGGGUUUUUGGAAGACAUUAGUACGAAAUUGUCCGACUACUUUCUCAACUUGGAAGUAUUGAAUGGUGUCAUGCUGUACGUUGAAAUGUUCUACGACGUGUUCAUUGCAAGAGACGAUUUACUGAACGCUUUUGGGUUACAAGAAAAAUACCUGCAAUUUGCAAAAACAAAGAUCAGUUCAAGAACCGACUUCUUUGACGUCUUACAAAAUGAUCGAAGGGACAAGAACUAUAUGCAGCGGUGUGCUUCGACGAUGCUUGAGAACCCUUUCUAUUUUUGGGAAUCGGGAGGGUGCACUGUUGCUAAUUGUAAAACCCCGUCAGCAGCAAUGACAAAACACAACUCAAAGACACUCUACUUUCAACCAAGAAACAUCAAACCGUUACUUAAAGAGCAAAUUGAGAAAGUUUGGCCAAGCCAACACGACGUGAAAGAAAUGGAUUUUGGAAGAAAAAUUAACGCAAAAUUCUUUCCACCACUGUUCUAUUCGACUUUUGUGUUUUACGCGUCCGUUGAAGGAAUGAACAUAGUGAAAGUGACCAAGAAUCAGUGCUUCUUAUCAAAAGUGGUUGAAGACCAGCAUUAUUAUUUUUAUAUAUUAUACAGCGACACUGAGUUUAUCAUACGAACGCGAUACAGAGCAACAACAGUGAAGUCUGUGUUCAUUGGAGGGAAAUUGAUGGGGGAGUUAACUGACAUAUUUGCAAAUAUUCAGAAGGUCCUAUUUCCAAAUUUGAAGUCGGAGGAGUUCAUUUUAUGCCCGAAGUGUUUGAUAUGUGGCAACGACGAAUUAAGCUGUGUUUUGCCAAAGAGGACUUUGAUCAACGCGAUCGAGAAGAACCAGGACAAAGUAUGUUUUGAGAAGGGUCACGAGUGCCUUGUAUCAACUUGUGCACUCGAUUUGGUACUUUCUGAGAUCAAAAAUUCGAAGCGCAUGCAAAUUGACAUCAUUGACUUGGAGAGUGAUUUGGACUCAGCAACGCAAGACAAAGUUCUUGGCCUUGGAAGUACGGCAAAGGUCUUUUUAACAAAAGUGAAGAACCAAAAUGUAGCAGUCAAACUCUUUUCGUUGGACCCCUCAUCGUUUUCAACGGUGAGAGGAGAGGGGUGUGCGGCGCAUUCAGUUUCGAAGGGAAUAGUUGAAAUGAGGAGGGAAGUCAACGUAAUGAAAAUGAUGACCUCUCCGUAUAUAUUAGGGUUGACCGGCAUAUCCUUUGAGCCGCUUGCGUUGAUCAUGGACUAUUGUGACCUAGGAAAUUUGUACGACUUUCUGGCGAAUCCAAAGAAUGAAGUCACGUGGGAAGACCGUGUUGAAUUUGCUUACGAAGUGGCGAGUGGGAUGACCGAGCUCCAUGCCGCAAAACUGAUUCACCGAGACUUGAAAAGUCCAAAUAUAUUACUGAAGACAGAAGGCGGGAGAGUGAAGUGUUUGAUAUCCGAUUUUGGUACAUCUGGAGUGCAGUUGUUUGAGGAGAAUGUAUUUGUUGAUAACCCGAAAUGGGUUGCACCUGAGGUGAUGCGAGGGUUUCCGUUUGAGAUGAAGUCCGAUGUAUAUAGCUUUGGUAUUAUCAUGUGGGAACUAGUUGAGCGGAAAGAACCGUUUGGAGACGCUCGAUUUCCGUCACAACUUAAACAACUCAUCAUUAAGGGACUCCGUCCAAGUUGGUCCGAAGAGAAACACAUUCAUCCGGAGUAUUUCGCCCUUGUCGAGUCAUGUUGGGCUGACGAGACAUCGAAACGACCUCCGUUUGAGGAGGCGACGAAGACUUUACAAAAACUGAAGAGUGAGGUGGCGAAGGAUCUACUACCCAUUCAGUAA